AUGGCAAUCAUACAUUACCAGGAAAGUCCAGGAACAGAGCAUUUUCUCCCUCAUGGAGAGGAUCAGGGAAUUAUUGGUGACCCAGGUUUGCUUGGACGAGAUGGUAUUGAUGGAAUUGAAGCUUAUCAAGGUCUUCAAGGUAGUGAAGGACGUCAUGGAGUUCUGGGGAAGAAGGGAGAAAAGGGAUAUAUGGGACAGCAGGGUCCCGAGGGUCCACGAGGAAGAUCUGGACCACCAGGUCUGAAAGGAGAAGCUGGACGUCCGGGUAGACCUGGAUUUAUUGGUCCACCUGGAGCUACUGGUCAUGUGGGACUUCCUGGUGCAUCUGGGCUCAAGGGCAAUCCUGGAAUUCAAGGCGUCAAGGGUCUAGAAGGACAGAAGGGAGAAAAGGGAGUAAAAGGACCAAAAGGGAAAGUUGGGGAAACGGGUCCAGUGGGGGCAGAAGGACUUUCUGGAAGGAGAGGACCUCCAGGAGAGGUUGGGGCUCGUGGUCGAGAAGGAGAGCAAGGUCCUUCUGGUGAUCCUGGAAUCUCUGGAGAUAAUGGGCCUAUGGGAUCCACGGGCCCAUCUUUCCCAGCAUCCCGUGUUAUAGAAGUUUGUCAGAAGUUUGUUAUAGAACAGAUGUCAGCAUAUGCGCAGUCUGUGCGACGACAGUGUGCUAGUGUUUGCCCCUUGUAUGGUGAUGUGCCUAUGGGAGCACCUGGACCGGUAGGACUGCCUGGGCCACCUGGACCACAAGGUAAAUCUGGAAUUAAUGGACUUGAUGGGGAAGACGGUCCAGAGGGCUUUUACGGUGAAGGUGGAGAUCCAGGAAAACAAGGGAAACAAGGUGAACCAGGUGAUAAAGGAGACAAGGGUCUGAAGGGAUAUGGCCUUGUUGGAUUUGGAGGCGACCCAGGACCAAGAGGGGACAGAGGGAAACCAGGACUAGGAUUUGAUGGAGGACCAGGUCUAAUGGGUCCUCGCGGGCACAGAGGACAACCUGGGCAGAGAGGGUAUACAGGAGAAAGAGGACCACCAGGACUAUGCAUAACUACUGUUUGUGAAACAAGUCAGUCUACAGGAGAACCUACAGAAGAGCCUGACUCAUAAUGAGCUCAAUGGGCACAGAAUGGACCUUUAUUGUUUACUUGUAGGAGGUGGCUGCAAAGGAUAUCUUUCAAUUCGUUUUGUGUGGAAGACUGGAGGUUACAUUUUAUUUGACAUGCUAACUUUUGUAAAUAAAGGAAAAUUACAUUUAAAGGUUAAGUAAUUGUGAUUUAAUGCAAAAAAAAAUAAUCUUCAUACAAUUUAUCACUUGUAGUUAUUUAUUUAAAAAAUGAACAAAAUAUUUUUUUUCUCUAUGGAAACUAGCGCCAUAUUUAUCAAUAAGUAUCUAUGGCACAAAAAGAACAUAAGCAACUUAAAGGCCAUCGUUAUAAAUUGUCCUGUUAAUAUAGCUACUCUCUUUUGUCACUGCUGAAUAUAAAGAUAGGAGGAAAGUCACUGAAUUGUAUUACUUGGUAACUAUGUAAUAAAACAC